ACAACAUGGCGGACAGCUGACUUUUUUCUUGGUAAAAAUGAAGUACUAGAACUAGGUAUUAAAAACAAGUUAAUGCAUUGUUCAUGAUUGACACUGUCAGACAGCUGAGAACAUAUUUUAUAUGAACAAACCAACAUAUGUAGUUACUCUUAUUAAGUAAAAUGGACACGCAGCUUGCAAACAAAGUAUAUAGACAGACAUUUAAUGACUGAACGCUGGAAAGUAUCAUAAUGGAAGCUGGAUGGUCAGACAGUCGUGUCUUUGGACACAUUUGUAAAAGAAACAAAGAUGAAGUUAGUGCAGCAAGUAAUGUGCUUGAUGAAAGGUACAGAUGUGGCGGGUGCAGUCAAGAACUGAGAACUAUAUGUCAGUUACAUGAACACCUCUUAAAAGAGUUCAUGCUUGGUUCAUAUCUUUAUGAUCACUGCACAAAAACAGCAUAUCCAAAACAGGCUUCUGUCUCCAUAGAAACUCAGACUGAUGAUCAAAAUGAUUUAAAGAUAGAUGACAGAAGAAAUGAUUUGUGUGAGGACACUCAGAUAGUACACAAAGAGUUGGACACAGGAGAGAAUUCAGAUAAAGAAGAUGAGACUGGAAGAAAUAAAAUGAAAAGAAAAAGGAAAUAUGUAAAAAGAAGGGAAGAAAAGGAUUUUGAAAUGGUGCCAAAGAAGAAAUCCAAAUCCAAAAGUAGUAAAAUUUUGAAAACUGAAAUUUUAGAAGAUACAGUAAAACAAGAUCACAAAGAUUCUGAAUUAUUAGAAACAACUAAAGAUUCACUGGAAACCAGUUCUAAGCAGGAAUACAUGCACAAUAUGAAAGAGGAAAUUCUGGACGAUAAUUAUGAUGGAUCAACAGAUGACAAUCUUGACAAUGUUCUUGAAAUAGAAAAGGUAGUUGUUGAACCUUCUGAAAAAGCUGGUCCCAUUAAGAAAACAAAGAAAAAAAAUAAAAAGAAAAGCAAAGCAAGAACAACAAAGACUAGUAAGGUUAAAAAUUAUAAAGCAGGUGAGGUUUUAGAUAAAACAGUCUUAAAUAAUGAGGAGAAAGAAACAAAUGAUGUAAAAUUUCAAAAUAACAAAUAUCCAAAAUAUGAGCUUGAUGAAGACAAUAGACCUACAAAGUCUAGAUCUGCUAGUGAUGUAAAAAGGAGGGGUCGUCCAAGAAUUAAAGCAGAGUCAUUAACAUGUGAACACUGUGAUAGUGUGUUUUAUACUGAAAAACAGUACAAUGUUCACCUUCAUGGUGUUCAUAAAACUUCAUAUCCAUUUUCUUGUAAGCAGUGUAAUUUCAAGCCAUUUGUUAACAAGGAAGACUACAUGGACCAUAAGAAUCAACAUCCUAAGCAAUCCUACCAUUGUGAACUCUGUGGAAAAGAACUGAAAUCCAGGGAAGGUUUAAGGCUGCAUGAGUUGAUUCACUCUGGCGAGAAGCCGUAUUGCUGUGGUCAGUGCGAGUAUAGAGGCCGCACCUCCACCCAGCUUAGACAGCACAUGUACACUCACAUGGACUCCAAAACUGAACAAUGUGAGCAUUGUGGCAAGGCUUUCUUCACUAAAGGAAAACUGAAAGAACAUCUAAGAUAUUGUCGUAAAGAGUUUAACCACCAUUGUCCACAUUGUCAAAAGGGAUUUCCAACAGCUUCUGGUCUACGUAAACAUAUCCUGAUGCAUACUGGAGAACGUGCUUUCAUUUGUGAUGUGUGUGGGUUCGCCACAUUUAGAAUAACCCUCCUCAACAGUCAUAUGAGGACGCACACAGGUGAAAAACCUCAUAAAUGUAAGGAAUGUGGUGCCCAACUUGCUACCCGUGGUACAUUGCUGUUACAUCUGAGGACACAUACGCACGAGAAACCUUUUGUCUGUUCAUACUGUAGUAAGGCUUUCACAUCGAAAUGGAAUCUACAGACACAUUUAAGACAGCACACAGGAGAAACCCCAUACAAAUGUGAUAUAUGCGGUCAAGGGUUCAAGCAGAACGUUUUACGCAAAUCUCACAUGCGUAGUCACCUGGAGUCAACCUCAACUGAACCAAAUAUACUCACACAUUCCGAUUCGGCACCCAAAAUCCAAGUUACUGCCGAUACAGACAUCAAUGAACACAGCAUCCAUAAUCACAUGGAUGCAACUGAAACUCCAGAACCAGCCAAUGUUUGUGAGAGAAGGCUGGAACCAGACAAAUUGCAUGUGAAUAGUUUUGUUUAUGAUAGAAGCGACAGUGGGGACAUAUUGAAUCAGGCUCUUCAGAGUGAAAACAUAUACCCACUAGAUCUCAAGCUACAGUACACUACUGCAAGUGAUUUGAAGAAUGCUUAUAGUAACUCUGUGAUCAAUUCUCAACAGUUACAAGCAAGUUCAUUUGAGCUGAUAAAUUACCAGGAUAUUAAACAUGUUUAGUUUUUAGCUCACCUGAGUACAAAGUGCUCAAAGGUGAGCUUUUGUGAUCACCCUAUGUCUGUCGUCCGUCGUCGGCCAUCAGUCGUCCGUCAUCAACAAUUUGACUGUUAACACUCUAGAGGUCACAAUUUUGGCCCAAUCUAAAUGAAACUUGGUUAGAAUGUUACCCUCUGUAAAAUCUUGGACCGUUCGAUAUUAGGUCAUCUGGGGUCAAAAACUAGGUCACCAGGUCAAAUCAAAGGAAAAGCUUGUUAACACUCUAAAGGUCACAGUUUUGGCCCAAUCUUAAUGAAACUUGGUCAGAAUGUUACCGUUAAUAAAGUCUUGGAGUUUUUUUUUUGCAAAAAUGACUCUUUCCUGAGGACAUAGCUAUGGCGAUUUAAAAUUUUAGAUAUGAAAUAAUAGGGAGUAUAGUCAAACCUGUAUUCAGCUUUCACUUGAGGCAGCAACAUAAUCUGGCUGGUUUAGAUGUGUGGCUGCUUAAGAUGAGUUGAAAUAAGAAGUCAGUUCAUGAAGUUACCUGACUGGCUGCUUAUGGCAGGUGGUUGCAUAAUACAGGUGGCUGCAUAAUACAGGUGGCUGCUGAAAGACAGUUUAACUGUAUUGUUCAUUGGGAUUUCAUUGGGAAUGUAUUUUCCCAUUUUAAAAACAGGGCAACAUCACUAUCUUGAAAAAGAUAAUUUAUGCUGUGUGUUUGAUCAGAGGACAAUGUGUAUGUCUUCAGUGACAAUUAGAUAGAAGACAUUGUAUUUGAAAUCAUUUUGAAAAAGAUAAUUUAUGCUGUGUAUUUGAUGAGAGGGUAAUGUGUAUGUCUUCAGUGACAAUUAGAUAGAAGACAUUGUAUUUGAAAUCAUUUUCCCUCCACUGCUGAUUUAUGAGAAGCUUGCAAUCCAUUACAGUAAACAGGUUAGGUUAGCACCCCAUUGUUAUAUAACUGAAAUACUGUUGAAAAAUGGUGCUUAACCAAACUAAUAGUAGAAAAGGUGACUUCCAUAGCCAAGUACAGUCACCUUUCUUCGACGUCGAUAUCUGCGUAGUGGAUGUUGUUGAGUACCCCCAUUAAAGUUGAAGUUGAAGUAAUGGUUGUUGACUUUGAAUCAAUUCACCCUAAAGGUUUUGUAAAGACCUUGAAGAUGCAUUGAAAAUUAUCUUUUUCUGGAAAAGUGAAGGAAUUUGAAAACUGCCAACUUUGUCAUAAACAAUGCAGAGAUUAUGAAAAAUGCAGAUUUUGUCAUGCAAGUGUCAAGGACUUUCAGUCUUAGAAAUAGCCGUAAAGUUGAAACACCUUGAAAAUGAUAAAUUAUUAUUAUGAUUAUUAUUAUACCAGAUUUAUAAGAAAUGACCAUUAUAAUAAAUGUGCACAAAUUUAUACUAUUUUCUUGAAAAAGAUAUCUGAUAAAAUGCAAAUAAUGCAACCUUAAAAAGCAUUUCAAAGUUGAAUGUUUACAAAUUUUAUUUCCAAAUAAUUUUCAAGGUCAGUUACUUGAACAACACAUUGUUUGCACAAUUUCUUGUAAUCAGGAUAUUUUUCUUGUGCUGUUUCGCUCUUAAUCAACAUGUCACAUGUAAUGAAAAAGUCAUAAAAAAUUAUGUUUAAAUCUGUGCAAACCAUUCCCUGAACUGUUUAGAUUUUGAGCCCUGCAUGGACCUCUGAGAGGCCGUUUGAGCCAUGCAUAGACCUCUGAGAAGCCAUUUGAGCCAUGCAUGGACCUCUGAGAGGUCAUCCGGCUGCCUUGUGGAAGGUUGAAUUAGUUAUGCAAAUAAUGUGAAUGUUAACUGAACUUGACACAUUCCUGUACAGAUUUCAAAACAUAGGAAAAGUUAGAAAGGGUAGCGCUUUUUCAUGUCCAUGUGAACUCACUAAUUUAAAAGUCCUUUGUUUCUUGAUUUUUGUUUCUUGACAUUUUUAGAAUAUUUGCUGGAAAAUAAUUCUACUUGCUAUAUAUAUCAUAGUGUGAUGUCAGCAUUUUUAUAUCUAUAAAAUAGAGAAUACUAUCAUUGAAACACUGUAUGCUUGAGUAUUGACAACGCUAGCAAUACAUGUGGUCUACGGCCUUUUUCAUUAUAUUUUCUAUGUUUAGACCUCUAGAAACUCCUGUAAACUGGAACUUUUUGCUCAUUGCGUUGAUACCUCAAGCGACUGGUGUUUAAAAUUAUAUUAAAAGUAUAUUUACAAACCUAGCUUAGAAGCUUAUGUGCAUACAUUCAUUUAUUGUUUUUACUUUGUUAUUUCGAACAUUUUAGGUGAAUUUUGUUAGCCUAUUUUUUACAUUCUUUGAUGGUAUAUUUUCAUUUGAAUGAAAUGUUUUGAUUCUUGUUUACCUUUUAAAAAUGUGAUUACUUAUGUGAUAAGACAUUUGCAUGUUUUUGUGCAUGAUUACAGCAGUUUAUAUUUGAUAUGUAAGGGAACAUAAUUUUCAGAACAUAAGUAUGAAAGUUUGCCUUAAAAAAUGAUAUUCAGACUUCUGUGCAACUUGCUCAUUUCUUUCUUUUUUUGUACAUGUAAAAAAAUCUUGUUUAAGUUUGUAUAUAGACUAGCUACUAAUUCAUAAUUUCAUUGAAUUAUAUUUUCACUUUUCAGUCAGUGAGCUUUGCUUCUAUAAAUUAAGUGCUGUUGAAUAACUUGUUGUAUACAUGUGGCAGUAUAACUGUGAAGGGAAGUAAGUUAACAUAUUGAGUUAUUAAGUAUAAGAAGUGAUCAUGGUUGGCAAAGAGGGGGAUUGUACCAGUCACAAUUUUUGUAUGAGAAUAGCCUUCUGUAUAAAACUGGAUAAACAUACUGACUUAUGAUUUAUUGCAUAAUGCCGCUGUAACAUUAAUUACCACAGUGUCUUGAAAGGAGUUAAAAGUGUAUGAGAUAUAUUUGAAAACAGGGCCUCCGUGGCCGAGUGGUUAAGGUCGCUGACUUCAAAUCACUUGCCCCUCAUCGAUGUGGGUUCGAGCCUCACACGGGGCGUUGAAUUCUUCAUGUGAGGAAGCCAUCCAGCUGGCUUACGGAAGGUCGGUGGUUCUACCCAGGUGCCCGCUCGUGAUGAAAUAAUGCACGGAAGAGCACCUGGGGUCUUCCUCCACCACUAAAGCUGGAAAGUCGCCAUAUGACCUAUCGUGUGUCGGUGCGACGUUAAAUCCAAAAAAAAAAAAAAAUCUUUGAAAACAUGAAAAAAAGUCUACAUUCUAGAUGCCAUUUUAUUUGUUGUCUUAGUACCAGAUUUAAUUUAUAUUAUACUUACAUAAAGUGUUGUUUUUUUGUUGUUUUUUUUUUUUGACAUUUACACAUUUACACACCAGAUAUGAAGGUGAACCUCCUAUUUCAUGAGUAAAUACAAUAAUUAUAUUUUUUAUUCAUGUAGAAGGUAAUGCCUUCAAAACUUUCUGGUAUUCUAGUUGUAACAAUCAAAAUUUAAUGUCGCUUUGAAAUACUUUGUUGCUCGAUAUACAUGUAAGUUUGAAAUCAUUUUACAAAACUAUGUAUUACCUGAAAACUUGCUUAAAAGACCGGUUUUGAAAACCAUUUUGAUAUGUAUAUUUUUCUUUGGUUUGACCAUAAUCAUUAUACUUGGUUCAUCAGCUGUGAUAAUUAAAGCUUUCAUUCCUACAUGUAUCUGUUUGAUCUGUUUGUAGGGAUAAUGAAUGGGGAGGGGCUUAGCAUGUGGAAUUUGUUGUCAAACAGCAACCUGUCUUAAAGUGUUUUACUGAUUGCCAGGAAACUGUAUUUGAACUGACCUUUCUAUUUCUUGAGGUUUAUUUUAAAGCUAAUUGAAGGAUAUUUAUAACAUUCUGAUGUAUCUUCUGAGUUUUUCUUGCGUACCAGACGGGGAUUUCCAGUAUUUUUAACGGUGCUGGAAAAAUCUAUCUUACAACCCGGGGUGUAAGAUGACUCUUGUGCUUUAAAUGACAUAUUGCGAACUACAUAUAUGUAGAAGAUUUAUGUAGUUAUCUAUAUUUUGUUUUAAAAACGGAAUAAAAAUCCAAUACCUUGACAGUUCCUCUUUGGUCCUGAUAGUAUAUUUCUUGAUUCAAAACACGUUAUUUUAUAAAAAAUUCAUAACGUUACACUGCAACUGAUAAAACAAAACUGGAACUAAACAUUGUUAUUUGUCUUUGAUAUGUCACGACAUCUUUCCUGUUUAUGGAAAUUGCUUUCACGCACUUUGUUUAAAUACGCUGCUAUAAGAAAUAGUUCUAAAAGAAAGCCUUUCCAUUGAUUUAAUUUUUAGCUCACAUGUCACAAAGUGACAAUGUGAGCUUUUGUGAUCACGCAGCGUCCGUCGUCCGUCGUCCGUGCGUGCGUGCGUCCGUGCGUGCGUCCGUGCGUGCGUAAACUUUUGCUUGUGACCACUCUAGAGGUCACAUUUUUCAUGGGAUCUUUAUGAAAGUUGGUCAGAAUGUUUAUCUUGAUGAUAUCUAGGUCAAGUUCGAAACUGGGUCAACUGCGAUCAAAAACUAGGUCAGUAGGUCAAAUAAUAAAAAAACCUUGUGACCUCUCUAGAGGCCAUAUUUUUCAUGGGAUCUGUAUGAAAGUUGGUCAGAAUGUUUAUCUUGAUGAUAUCUAGGUCAAGUUCGAAACUGGGUCAACUGCGAUCAAAAACUAGGUCAGUAGGUCAAAUAAUAAAAAAACCUUGUGACCUCUCUAGAGGCCAUAUUUUUCAUGGGAUCUGUAUGAAAGUUGGUCAGAAUGUUCAUCUUGAUGAUAUCUAGGUCAAGUUCGAAACUGGGUCAACUGCGGACAAAAACUAGGUCAGUAGGUCAAAUAAUAAAAAAACCUUGUGACCUCUCUAGAGGCCAUAUUUUUCAUGGGAUCUUCACGAAAAUUGGUCAGAAUGUUCAUCUUGAUGAUAUCUAGGUCAAGUUCGAAACUGGGUCAUGUGCCGUCAAAAACUAGGUCAGUAGGUCAAAUAAUAAAAAAACAUUGUGACCUCUCUAGAGGCCAUAUUUUUCAUGGGAUCUGUAUGAAAGUUGGUCAGAAUGUUCAUCUUGAUGAUAUCUAGGUCAAGUUCGAAACUGGGUCAACUGCGAUCAAAAAGAAGGUCAGUAGGUCAAAUAAUAAAAAAACCUUGUGACCUCUCUAGAGGCCAUAUUUUUCAUGGGAUCUGUAUGAAAGUUGGUCAGAAUGUUCAUCUUGAUGAUAUCUAGGUCAAGUUCGAAACUGGGUCAACUGCGGUCAAAAACUAGGUCAGUAGGUCUAAAAAUAGAAAAACCUUGUGACCUCUCUAGAGGCCAUACUUGUGAAUGGAUCUUCAUGAAAAUUGGUUAGAAUGUUCACCUUGAUGAUAUCUAGGUCAGUUUCGAAACUGGGUCACGUGCCUUCAAUAACUAGGUCAGUAGGUCAGAUAACAAAAAAACCUUGUGACCUUUCUAGAGGCCAUAUUUUUAAUGGGAUCUGUAUGAAAAUUGGUCAGAAUUUUUAUCUUGAUGAUAUCUAGGUCAAGUUCGAAACUUGUUCAACUGUGGUCAAAAACUAGGUCAGUAGGUCUAAAAAUAGAAAAACCUUGUGACCUCUCUAGAGGCCAUACUUUUCAACGGAUCUUCAUGAAAAUAAGUCAGAAUGUUCACCUUGAUGAUAUCUAGGUCUUGUUCGAAACUUGGUCACGUGUUUUUAAUAACUAGGUCAGUAGGUCAAAUAACUAAAAAGCCUUGUGACCUCUCUAGAGGCCAUAUUUUCAUGGGAACUAUAUGAAAAUUGGUUUGAAUGUUCAUCUUGAUGAUAUCUAGGUCAGGUUUGAAACUGGGUCAGCUGCGGUCAAAAACUAGGUCAGUAGGUCUAAAAAUAGAAAAACCUUGUGACCUCUCUAGAGGCCAUACUUUUGAAUGGAUCUUCAUGAAAAUUGGUCAGAAUGUUCACCUUGAUGAUAUCUAGGUCUUGUUCGAAACUGGGUCACGUGCCUUCAAUAACUAAGUCAGUAGGUCAAAUAAUAAAAAAUCUUGUGACCUCUCUAGAGGCCAUAUUUUUCAGUGGAUCUUCAUGAAAAUUGGUUAGAAUUUUUAUCUUGAUGAUAUCUAGAUCAGAUUCAACACUGGGUCACAUGAGCUCAAAAACUAGGUCACAAUAUCAAAUAAUAGAAAAAAACGACAUCAUACUCGGUUUAAAACUGGGUCAUGUGGGGACAGGUGAGCGAUUCAGGACCAUCAUGGUCCUCUUGUUAUUAUUAUUUUGAUAUCGGUAUGCAAGAAAAAGAUUCUGUCACUGGUUAUAGGUGCAGAUGGGAAUAUCCGGCUCUUGGGUAACUGUUUAGGCGGUAACUCGGCUGGAGCCUCGUUCCCGCCUAAACAGUUACCCUCGAGACCAGAAAUUCCCAUCUGCACCUACAACCAGUGAAAGAAUCUUAUACAUGUAGUAUUAUAUUGUUCUUUUUUUUUUUUUUUUUUUUUUUUUUUUGCAUACUGUUGACCAGAUAAUUUUUGUCAUCAUUAUUAGUUUACCGUUUGAAAGACAGUUACUGUAGACAUAUUCUUGAUAACAAGAAUUCUCGAUUCAUUGUAUGUAACACUGGUAGAUAUAGUGCAGCUAAUUCAUGACAAUUGUUUUAAAUUCAGGUGCUGCUUUGUGUGCAAGAAGUGAUAUUAAAUCUGUUACUAGUAUUACUGAAUCUACAGUAAUGAAAGCCCUCUUCAAGCCGCUAAAACUUGGAAUGCUUGUUUUCUUUUCAUAAAACCUAGCUUUGAGACUGGUCUCAGAAAGCAGCCAUGCUAUUGGUUAAUUCCCAAUGUAUGCUCACAAACAGCCAAUCAAAUACUUGAAUUUUAUGUCUUGUCUCAGAAAGCAGCUAUGCUAUUGAUUAAUUACAAAUGGAUGCUCACAAACAGUCAAUCAGACACUUGAGUUUUGUGACUGGUCUCAGAAAGCAGCCAUGUUUUUGGUUAAUUCCCAAUGUAUGCUCACAAACAGCCAAUUAGACACUUGAGUUUUGUGAAUGGUCUCAGAAAGCAGCCAUGCUUUUGGUUAAUUCCCAAUGUAUGCUCACAAACAGCCAGUAAGACACUUGAGUUUUGUGACUGGUCUCAGAAAGCAGCCAUGCUUUUGGUUAAUUCCCAAUGUAUGCUCACAAACAGUCAAUCAGACACUUGAGUUUUGUGACUGGCCUCAGAAAGCAGCCAUGCUUUUAGUUAAUUCCCAGUGUAUGCUCACAAACAGCCAAUUUGAGUUUUGUGACUGAUCUCAGAAUGCAGCCAUGCUAUUGGUGAAUUCUCAAUGUAUGCUCACAAACAGCUAAUCAGAUACUUGAGUUUUGUGACUGGUCUCAGAAAGCAGCCAUGCUAUUGGUUAAUUCCCAAUGUAUGCUCACAAACAUUCAAUCAGACACUUGAGUUUUGUGACUGGUCUCAGAAAGCAGCCAUGCUAUUAGUUAAUUCCCAAUGUAUGCUCACAAACAGCCAAUUUGAGUUUUGUGACUGAUCUCAGAAAGCAGCCAUGCUAUUGGUGAAUUCUCAAUGUAUGCUCACAAACAGCCAAUCAGAUACUUGAGUUUUGUGACUGGUCUCAGAAAACAGCCAUGCUAUUGGUUAAUUCCCAAUGUAUGCUCACAAACAACCAAUCAGAUACUUGAGUUUUGUGACUGGUCUCAGAAAGCAGCCAUGUUAUUGGUUAAUUCCCAAUGUAUGCUCACAAACAGCCAAUUUGAGUUUUGUGACUGAUCUCAGAAAGCAGCCAUGCUAUUGCUUAAUUCCCAAUGUAUGCUCACAAACAGCCAAUCAGAUACUUGAGUAUUGAGACUGGUCUAAGAAAGCAGUCGGGCUGCUGCUUAAUUCCCAAUGUAUGCUCACAAACAACCAAACAGAUGUAUGCUCACAAACAGCCAAUCAGAUACUUGAGUUUUGUGACUGGUCUAAGAUAGCAGCCAUGCUAUUGGUUAAUUCCCAAUGGAUGCUCACAAACAGUCAUCAAAUACUUGAGUUUUGUGGCUGAUCUCUGGAAGCAGCCAUGCUAUUGGUAAAUUCCCAAUGUAUGCUCACAAACAGCUAAUCAGAUACUCAAGUUUGUGGCUUGUCUCCUACCCUGAGCCCUUGUUGGUAAUCUCAGGUUCUUAGUCAUAUUGAGAAUAACAAAAUAAAAACAAAUGGUAGAAAAUAUUGUGCUUUUGAAAUAACAUAAUGAACAUGCUGGAAGAAUGCCGUAAAGUCUAGUUUACAGAGUUUAAAAUGAAACUAUGUACUGUCCUUUCAGACCACAUCAGACCAUAGAUUUAGAUAUUGAUUAUAUUUAAACUAUUGUACUAUUAGUGUUAUUUUAUUCAUGUAGUUGUGAAAUAAAAAUGUUAGUUUGUAGAAACAGUCUACUUCAGAGUUGAUAGACUUUGAAUAUUUUGAUCGAAUUUUAAUAUUUUUAUGUGAUUUAGAAGUAUUUAAUCUGGUAUUAAAAUACAAAUAAAUACCGUAUUGAAACAG